AUGGCAUACGCCGGUCCAGUCACGCCGCCGGGUCAAGCCGGUUCGCGCUCGACCAACGUGUGGUCGCCAGGCACACCUAGGACGCCGUCGCAGGUGGCACGCGUGAGGUACCGAGAGAACGAGUAUUUCAAACUCUGGCGAAGUGGGCGUAAAGACGAGUGGCAGGGACCGCAAUGGAAGAUAGCUCUGGAAGACUUACCGCCCAGGCGCCCCGGCGCCUGGGACCGUCGGAUGUCAACACCGUCGGCUGGGGUCGAGAACCGCCGCCAGGCAGCCAAGAACAGCAUACGAUACUAUCCAUCCGGGUCAGGGUCGGCGGCACUUUCGUUUAUUCAGGAGCCCACCAAAAAGAUGUUGUCGACGAUUCGGGGCGCGUCGCUCCUCAAGAUUCUUGGGUACGGCGGCCAGGGGGUUGCGGCUUUGUUGGAGGUCACCGAUCGACAGGGGCCGAGCAAGAAGGCUGUUAUGAAGAUGUGCACUGAAGACGACGAAUGGGCCAUAGAAGAUCUGAAGACCGAGAAGAAGUGGCAGGUUAGCUUGAUGAGAGCAAUGCACGCGGUGCAACUGAUCAAAUGGGCUACACUUAGAGGGACACCACUGGCGCCGGAGGACGUAGAACUUGAUAACAAUCCAAGGCUCUAUUUCAUGGAGCUGAUGAAGAAUGGCGACCUUCACCAAGUCAUUGGCCGCGCUGGAAAUAUCGGUCAGAAGCUGCCUAGCAGAUUGUUGUGGAAGAUUUUCGCGUGCCUUAUUCGGGGCUGCAUCGCUAUGAAGUAUCCACCCAGAUUACAAAGUAUCGUAUCAGGUACAAAUGAGAACUGGCUUCCAGAAGUUGGGCCCAACAUAAGAGAAGAAGUACCCGCAGGCCUUGGUAUGAGAACGGCAAGGGACUACGACUUAGUACAUUUUGACCUUGACCCAAAGAACAUUUUCAUUGGAGAUUUCGAUGGCGAGGGCCAUGGCUACGUCCCCCGAUUCAAGAUUGCAGACCUUGGUCUUGCAGACAGAACCACAGAAGAAUUGCUGACAACGUCGAACAAUACCAUCAAGAGUGGGAAUGGGCUGGAGAAUUACCGCGCCAGCAGCAACCCCCACUACAAGUGGCGGCCAAUUACGGAUCCUGGAGUAACGUUCGGCCCCUUCAACAGCCACGGCCUGCCGCAACAGUACGCAAGCGUAGAGACCGUCCGAGACCACAACGGAGAAGCAGUAUCACCAUUCCACACAAACGGCGCCGGCCUAGUGGGUGAAGAAGGACUUGAUCCGCGGCUGAGAAACCUGCUCAUGCGGUGCCUGGCUUUGAUCCCUGCCCAUCGGCCAGGGUUAAUCGAACUAGAAGCAUGGGCAUCCGAUGCGGAGACAAAUCCGGGAUUUUUCAGUGGCAUCGGGGGUAAUUUGACGUCGACGGAACUAGCAGACCAGUUCAUAUGUCGACCAAGAAGCCCUCCGCCGGCCAAAAUACAGGUAUCCAAGUCGGGGGACACGUCAAUGAAAAUGUAA